UCCCCCUCCUCACCCGGAGGUCGCCUGAGGCGGAGAGCAGGUUACCUCGGCAACCGCGCCAGGCAGUCUGUACACACCAGGCCCGGGGCGGGAGAGGGUUUCCUGCCUGCUGCUGCAAGACAGGGAUCGGGAAGUCGGAGUGGACUCUGACUUGAAUCGGAUUGCCCCGGAAUCCAUCCAGUCUCUGUGAUAAGUCUAAGUAUACUUAGAGAAGUGUGUUCACUUUUAGACACAGCAGUGUAAUACAAAGGACAACCAGAGCCUGUUCAAAGAAACAUGAGUAUCUAGUGAGAGAACUAACAACUUAAACUGGGAAUAAGUUAUAAUAUUAUGAUCAUUAUUUUUAAUGGAAGAUGAUUGAAAGUGAAAACCUAAACCAAGAAGAAAUAAUUAAAGAACUGUGUUUGUGCAAUGGCUUAUCUUAUGAGAUGGUUCGACAAGAAGGAUCAGAUACAUCAAAGUUGGAAAUGUUUUUCUCAGGGUAUCCACAUAUAGUCGGACUAUCAUUAUUUCCUAAUUUAACAAGUCUUACAAUUGUUGCUCAAGAUAUAAAAGAAAUUUCUGGAUUAGAGACUUGUUUACAACUUAAAGAACUUUGGAUUGCUGAGUGCUGCAUAGAGAAAAUUGAAGGUCUUCAAGAAUGUAGAAAUUUGGAGAAACUAUAUUUAUAUUUUAAUAAAAUUUCCAAAAUAGAAAAUUUAGAGAAAUUAAUCAAAUUGAAGAUUCUUUGGCUGAAUCACAAUACAAUUAAAAAUAUUGAGGGUUUGCAAACAUUGAAGAAUUUAAAAGAUCUCAACCUUGCUGGAAAUCUAAUAAACAGCAUUGGUCGAUGUCUUGACCCCAAUGAACAAUUGGAAAGAUUAAACCUUUCUGGUAACCAAAUAUGUUGUUUCAAGGAGCUCACGAACUUAACCAGGCUACCUUGCUUAAAGGAUUUAUGUCUGAAUGACCCUCAAUAUAAAACCAAUCCAGUUUGUCUUCUGUGUAAUUAUUCCACACAUAUAUUAUAUCAUUUGCCUUGCCUUCAAAGAUUUGACACGUUGGAUGUGUCAGCAAAGCAAAUCAAGGAACUGGCAGAUUCCACAGCAAUGAAAAAAAUAAUGUAUUACAAUAUGCGUAUAAAAACUGUUCAGAGGCAUCUUAGUGAAGACCUUGAAAAACUGAAUGAUCGAAAAUGCAAAUUACAAAAGUUGCCAGAAGAACGAAUAAAAUUAUUCAGCUUUGUGAAAAAAACUUUGGAACGAGAACUAGCUGAACUCAAGGGCUUGGGCAAAGGGCACGGUGAUGGAUCCAAUAACAGUAAAGUAAAUGAUCCUGAAACAUCGAAGAGUAGUGAAACUGUCACUGGAGAACCAAGUCUUCAGCAGAAGAUAUUGACCAAACUAAAUGCCUUGAAUGAAAGGGUAACAUUCUGGAACAAAAAACUAGAUGAAAUUGAAGCCGUUUAUCAUAUUGAAGUAAAACAAAAGAAGAAAAGUCAUGGCUUAUUGAUCCCAUUUUUGUUAAUUGAGUUAGAGACUGUGGGAAAUUUCCAUUUUGAAGAAGGCACUCAAUCCGAUGACUGGUUUAAUUUCUGCUAUGAAUUAAUUCUAUCACGUUUUUGUGCCUGGGACUUCAGAACAUAUGGUAUUACAGGAGUAAAAGUAAAACGUGUCAUUAAAGUUAACAACCGCAUUCUGAGACUAAAAUUUGAAGAGAAAUUUCAAAAGUUUUUGGAGAAUGAAGAUAUGCAUGAUUCAGAGAGCCACCGAAGAAUGCUGGAAUGCCUUUUUUAUGUUUUUGAUCCUGAAGUUACAGUGAAGAAAGAGAAUCUGCUACAAAUACUUGAAAAAGGAUUCAAAGAAAGUGAAACAAGCAAGCUGCCUCUCAGAAAAGAAGCUGUCAUUCUUUCUAACAGUCUAAGUAUAAGUGAGUGUCCCAGAAUUGAAUUUUUACAGCAAAAGCACAAAGACGAGAAGAAACACUCUCUUAAGCAUGAGCUCUUCAGGCAUGGCAUCCUCCUCAUUACAAAAGUUUUCCUUGGCCAGAGUGUUCAAGCCCACGAAAAAAAAUCCAUCAGUCAAUCCAACUAUCCAUUGGUUAAUUCAGUGUUCAUUCCUCGAAAAUAUUUACUAAAUUCUGUCAUGGGACAAAGAAACUGUGAUUGCAGUGUUCGGCAGUACAAGUGGUUUGUCUUUGAUCAUGACCUUGUUUUGCCAGAAUACGUUGUUGAAUUUGAGUAUAUUACAAUGGUCAAGGCGGACUCUUUAUUUUCUGUGUUCAACAAUGUUAUUCUACAGGAAAGCAAAAAAAAAUCAGAAGGAUCAGUAUUUUCCAAGGAUUUGAAAUUUGAUGAUGAAGUAAUAAAAAUGGAGCCCAGGAUCAAGGCCCGACCAAAACUGAUUAGUUUAGAUGACAAAACAAUAUUUUCCCUUGCAAAGACUAGCAUUUACAGUCAUAUUGUGAGUCUGAAUCUGCAUGGAAACAGCUUGAGUAAAUUGAGAGAUCUCUCCAAGUUAACAGGACUUCGAAAACUAAACAUUAGCUUUAAUGAAUUUACCUGUUUAGAUGAUGUAUACCACUUGUAUAACCUUGAAUAUUUGGAUGCAAGCCAUAACCAUGUGAUAACUCUUGAGGGAUUUAGAGGUCUGAUGAAACUGAAGCACUUAGACUUGAGCUGGAAUCAACUGAAAAAAUCUGGCGAUGAAAUAAAUACGUUAUGCAAACAUAUCACAAGCCUUCUUACACUUAAUAUUCAACAUAAUCCAUGGCAAAAGCCAGCCACAUUGAGACUGAGUGUUAUUGGCAGAUUAAAGACUCUUACCCAUUUAAAUGGAGUCUUCAUUUCUGAAGAAGAAGCAACAGCAGCUAUGAAAUUUAUUGCUGGAACAAGGAUAACUCAGUUAUCUCUCUUACGGCAUUCUAGUACUAAAGAGGAGAGACCACGGAUACUUAGUAUAUGGCCUUCUGCCAAAAUUCUGACGCAGAUUUCAAAGUUAGGACCUCAUUUACAUCCAAGUGGAAACUGGUACUUGAAGAUAACUGCCUUAAAUUUAGAUGGACAACAUCUUUUUGAAAUCACAAAUUUAGAAAAAUUGGAAAAUUUGAAAUGGGCAUCAUUCAGCAAUAAUAAUCUCACUAAAAUGGAGGGCCUGGAAUCCUGUAUUAACCUGGAAGAGCUCAUACUAGAUGGAAAUUGCAUCUCAAAGAUAGAAGGUAUUUCCAAGAUGACUAAAUUAACUCGCCUCAGCAUAAAUAAUAAUCUUCUCACUGGUUUGGAACAGCAUACUUUUGAUAAUAUGCUUCAUCUUCACUCCCUUUCUCUUGAGAACAACAGAAUCACUUCAUUGAGUGGUUUACAAAAAUCUUUUACUCUUGUUGAAUUAUAUAUAAGCAAUAACUAUAUUGCUGUCAAUCAGGAGAUGUAUAAUUUAAAGGGUUUAUGCAACUUGGUCAUUCUAGACAUGUAUGGAAACAUUAUUGUGUGGAAUCAGGAAAACUACCGGUUGUUUGUAAUAUUUCAUCUUCCAGAACUGAAAGCUUUGGAUGGAAUACCAAUUGAACCACCAGAGACUGAGAGUGCAAAAGAUUUGUUUGGUGGUAGACUUACUUCUGACAUGAUUGCAGAACAACAAGGACAUUCCAACUUCACCCAAAUGCAAGAACUAAAUUGGACUUCAUCAUCCAUUAGACAUUACCUGUUUUUCCUUUCCUUUUCCAUCCCUAACCACUUCCUGGUCUUAUGCCUCAACUAUAAUCAUAUUGAAUCAAUCAUGCCCAGACUAAAGCCUCAGACUCACUUAACCAAUAGACAACUACUGUACCAGAAAGUGCCUUCAAGUGGCUAUGGACAGCAAGGAAUUUCAAAAACAAACAGAGAUACAAUGAGCAGUGAAAAUUUGCCUCCUAUAAUGCACAGUUUAGAAGUUCUUCAUUUGGGCUACAAUGGAAUUUGUAAUUUGAUCCAGCUACAACUUAACAGACUAAGAAAUUUAAAAUUCCUCUUUCUACAGGGUAAUGAAAUCAGUCAAGUUGAAGGGCUUGACAACUUAGUAGUCCUUCAGGAAUUGGUAGUGGACCAUAACCGUAUCCGAGCAUUUAAUGACAGUGCUUUUGCCAAACCGAGUUCUUUGUUGGCACUUCACUUGGAAGAAAACAGACUACGAGAGCUGGGCAAAUUACAAUCUUUGGUAAAACUAGAGAAACUCUUCCUAGGAUACAAUAAAAUCCAGGAUAUCACAGAACUGGAAAAACUUGAUGUUAUCCCUUCUCUCAGAGAGCUUACAGUGUAUGGCAAUCCAAUUUGUAGAAAAAUGCUACAUCGCCACAUGCUCAUAUUUCGACUGCCUAACUUACAGAUGUUAGAUAAAAUUCCUGUGAAUUCAGAUGAUAGAGCAAAAGCUGAAUUUCACCUCGCUGAACUACAAGCAAAGAAGAAUUCGCUUAUUCCUGUUACCAACUCUCCUAUGGAUGGCAGAUCAUUUGGCCAAGUGAAAACUUCUCCCAUAAAGAUAACAAAUGUGAUUCUGCCUGGUGGAUUCAGCCAUUACUUGGGAUCUGACAUCACUUUAACUCCUGAAGUUGAAGUUUCAGACAGAAAAAACAAGAAUGCUGGGAUUCUGACAAAUAAUUCUUGGAGCAUCCAUGCAGAAAUAGCUUUUCAGCAACUGAGAGGGAUAAGUAUCUCUCCAUUUCUUUUUUCACACCAGAAUAUUGCAUCUCCAACUGCACAAAUAUACCAGAGCAACCAAGAAGAGAGAAGAAUUUCUGGGAGCAACUUUCCAAGAUCAAAUCGAAUGUAACUGCAUAUAGAGAAAUGAGCAUACACCAAGAAACUUACCUCUGUUUAGUAGUUGUGCAAAAACUAGCAGACAGUGGUGAGUGGAAAACAACAACAACAAAAAGAUAAUCAUGUUACUUAAGUUACUGAAACACUUCAGUUCCAUAUGAAAAUAAUCACUCUUGUGAACCUGAUUUAAUAUCACCUCUUAAACUUUCUUUAUAGUUAUCUUUAGUUAUUUGUUUGAAUUUCUAUAUUAUAAAAAUCAUGAACUAUUAUAUCAGACAACAAUUUGAAAAGAUAAAAGUGGCAUGAAACAAAGUCCAGAGAAUUGAAUGCUUAGUUCUGGUAUUAGAAACAUUUAGUAUAAAUUCAGUAGAAACAUUUAUGUAUAAAUUUAGUCAUUAUGGCAUGUCAUAGGAAGAUAUUAAGAAAAGACAACUUCAGGAAAUAAGCAUAUUUUCAUUUGUAGAAUAUUCAUUUGGGAUUACAUAAAACUAAAGCACAUUUCUUACCCAACAUAACUAUUACUAAAGCAAGAUGAGUUCUGCUAGUUGAACUACAGAUUGGUUUUUAGGACUGUAUUUAAAAAAAAAAAAAUUCCCUCAAAUCAGAUCUGCCCUCAGAAUUGCUUAGAGAUGCAAAUUGUGGGCAUCAAUAGUAGUUUUUAAAUGUGGCUAACUGUGGGUGCAGCCAGUCUUUCAUACUCUAAGAAUAAAAAGAGUCUGAUUUAGUAUACAAAUCAUUAAUUACACCUACAGUGAUAUAAUUUUACAAGUAGUUUCAGGCUGAAGAGAACACAUGUUCAAACUGAGUGGACACACUUAAAAAUAUAACCUUAAAUAAUUAUAUUUCACUGAAAAGAAUUUUUCUAAACUAUUACAUUGUAUAGUACUAGGACAUGUCACAAAUCCAUCAAAUGUGGUUUUGAAUUUGCUUGUUAUUUAAAGAUAACUAAAUUGCCAGUCAUAUUUUGAUAUAAAUGAGCUCCAUGAUCCAUGAAGUAUUCUAUUUAAAAUUUUAAAGUUAUUGGU